UAUUUUUGGGGUGGUGGGGUGAAUAAUCGUUGUUUGAAAAUUUCAAUCAACGUGCGGAUGCAAUUGAGGAUGUUAUCCACACCCACGCUGCCUCGCCAGUCUCCAUGGAUCAAAUAUUCAAGUAUCCAGCAACUGAUUUCCGCUGUUGUAUCAACUGUCAUUUCGGCAGCCUAGCUCACUCCAUGGAACUCUCCCUACUCCCUUACCACCAACACACACCAACUCUCCUUCCUAACUCCUCCACUUUCUUCUUCUUUACAGGGAAGAGACCCUCUAAUAGGGAUUUAUCUUUGUUGCCAUGUCGCUGUUCAUCUCCUCCCGCUGCCGACACUGCCAAACCGGCUCCGCUAUCUCUACAGCACAAGGGAAGGAGAGAAUUGAUGGGUUGUCUUCUUUCAGCGGCUGCUGGCAUGUAUAUUUGUGAUGUGGCUGGGGCUGUCAGCACAAGUAGAAGAGCUCUUAGAGGAGCAAAGAUACCCGAGAGUGAAUACACAACUCUCCCCAGUGGUCUGAAGUACUACGAUUUGAAGGUUGGAGAUGGAACUGAAGCUGUAAAGGGAUCUCGAGUGGCAGUGCACUAUGUUGCUAAAUGGAAGGGCAUCACAUUUAUGACUAGUAGACAAGGACUUGGUGUUGGAGGUGGCACACCCUAUGGAUUUGAUGUGGGUCAAUCUGAGAGGGGGUCAGUCCUCAAGGGAUUAGACCUAGGUGUUCAAGGGAUGCGGGUAGGGGGUCAGCGGUUGCUAAUAGUUCCUCCUAAACUUGCCUAUGGAAGCAAAGGGAUCCAGGAAAUUCCUCCGAAUGCAACAAUUGAGUUGGAUGUUGAACUGCUGGCUAUCAAAGAAAGCCCCUUCGGGUCUGCUGCAAAAAUUGUUGAAGGAUAACACAAUUAUAUGUGUUCUAGUGGUCAUGUUGGUUUCUUUUCAAUUAUGAUUGAACAAGUGCUGAAGGUGGUUCAAGCAGAUUUCUAGCCUGUUUUGAUUUGCCCCAGCUCACUUUGUGAUUAAAAUGCUUUCGUAAGUUGAUGAGCAUAUUAAUAGUGUUACUGUAAGUGUUUGUUAGAACUUGUGGAAAAUUUCUUUGGUUUUUCUGUUUCUCUCGAGUUAUAUAAUAUUCUAAGCUCUUUUUCUUUCUUGUACAUUUUGGUAUAUUAGAAAAUGUUUCAAUGAGAAUAAUAUUGCAUAGAAUGUUCUUAUAA